UGAAAGAUGAAGCAGUUCCCACUUUAAAAGCAGAAGCUGCUGUUUAUCGGCCCCAAACUCUAUUAAUCGGUGAAGGACGAUGGCAUCAGUUAAAGAGCUGCUUGAGAAAUCACUGAAUGAACUGGAGAAAGCUGAACUGAAGAAGUUUCAGUGGCACUUAAGGAAUGAUCAUGAGAGUAUAUCAAAGUCUGACAUGGAGAAUGCAGAUAGGUUAAAAACUGUGGAUAAGAUGGUGGAGUGUUUUGGACCAGAAGAAGCUGUGAAGAUCACUGUGGAGAUCUUGAAGAAGAUGAACCAGAAUGAUCUGGCUAAGCAGCUGGAGAACAAACACAAGAAAGGCUCAUCUGCAGAUGACAGACAAGCUACUCUUCAUGAUUACACAGAGACCAGCCGCAGACUGAAGAACAAAUUAAAACAGGACUAUGAGCAGAUAUUGGUUGGUAAUUCACAGACAGGUCAUCAGAAAAACCUGAACGAUAUUUACACUGAUUUAUAUGUGGUGGAGAAUGAGACUGGAGGAAGAGUAAAUGACCAUGAGGUGAGACAGAUCGAAUUGUAUCACAAACAAUAUGAUGCCAAGGACACACCAAUCCAAUGCAAUAAUAUUUUUAAAGACAAUAAAAACAAAAAGGUACUGACAAUGGGGAUCGCAGGGGUUGGAAAAACUGUCUCUGUCAAUAAAUUCAUCCUUGAUUGGGCUGAAGGAACAGAAAAUCAGGAUAUAACCUUCAUUUUUCCUUUGCCAUUCCGCCAGCUAAACCUGAUUACAGAGAACUGCAGUCUCAUGGGACUGAUUCAUGAAUAUUUCUUUAGUGAUCCUAAAGAACUGCCCUCUCUUCCUGAAGAUGAUGGUAAAGUCUUGUUCAUUUUUGAUGGGCUGGAUGAAUGCCGCUUCCCUUUGAGGUUUAAAGAGGCAGGCAGAUUUACAAAUGUUCAUGAAAAAACAACAGUGAAUAAGAUUGUUACAAGCCUUAUCAAGAAACACCUGGUUCCCUCUGCUCUCAUCUGGAUCACAUCCAGACCAGCAGCAUCCAGUCUGAUACCCCGAAACUACAUUGAUCAGGUGACUGAAGUUCGAGGAUUUAACGAUGAGCAGAAAGAGCAAUUCUUCAAAAAGAACAGCAGUACUGAGGUUUCUGAAAACAUCAUCCGUCAUAUAAGGAAAUCCAGGAGUCUGUACAUCAUGUGCCACAUCCCUGUCUUCUGCUGGAUCUCUCUCACUGUUCUUAAGCCUCUACUGGCUCAAGAGAGCAAUGAUAAAACACCCACAACUCUCACAGGAAUGUAUACAAGCUUUUUAAUGUCUCAGCAGCAACAAAUGAAAGAAAAAUACUGUGAUGACCCUGAACCCAAAGUCAAUGCAAUGUCUUUUGAUCAGAUUAUUCUGAAGCUUGGGAAACUGGCCUUUCAACAGCUGGAGGAAGGAAACCUGAUUUUCUACAAAGAAGAUCUUGAGAAAUGUGGACUAGAUGUCAGUGAAGGGUCUGUCUACUCUGGGUUAUGCACUCAGAUCUUUCAGGAGGAAAAGGCUGUUUCAGCAAGACACAUUUACAGCUUUGUACAUCUCAGUAUCCAGGAGUUUCUUGCUGCUCUCUAUGUGUUUUUGAUUAGCAAAGACAAGAAAGAAAACCCAUUUCUUCAAUCAUGGACAGAAAAACUGAAAUGGAUACUGUCCAAACAUAACUAUACUGGAUACUGUUUCGUUGAAACAGCAUUUCUGGAGCAGGAUGGACGACAUUCUGGUCCAGAUGCUGCUGUUGAAGGAGGAUCACCUUCCUUUCCUCAACUUCGUCGACUAUGCCUUGUGGGUGUGCGGAUCCUCUCUCACUGUGGGAGUCGUCGAGAACGACGACACCAUUAUCUCCGACUCCCCAGGACAUUCAACACCUCCAGCAGCCAUCUCUCUGUCCGCUCCAGAGAAAACACUUCAUCCCAGCCCGGAGUGUCCAGGUAUGACAGAGAGACCUCCCAAGGUAGUGUUGUAGCAUUUGCAUCAGUGCUUGCCCAUUGUUAGCUUGGACCUCUCCACAACCUCCUUAUAUAUCAGUGUGGCUUAAAGAUUUAAUCUUUUUUUAACUUGAAAAAGUAAACUAUAAUAUUAGAGGCAGGGGGGAAUCCUUUUUUGAAAAAUGGCAACAAUUUAUUGCAUACUUUAAUGAUAUACAUACCCUGGAGGUAGAUUGAGGGGAGGUAUUAUUAUUUGUAUUAUUUUAAUUUAUUCCUUUCUUCUUCUUUUUUAAUGUAUAUAUUCUAAUUGUAUUAUUUAAUCACCAUUUUAACUGUAGUUGAAAAUGUCCUUUUAUUUGAGUUUGUGAUCAUAGGGUUGGGUAAGAUGUGAUUGUUGUGAAAUUAAAAAGAAAGAAGAAGAGGAACAAGAGGAGGAGGAAGCCAAGCAAGAGAAAUUAAUAAGAAGUGCUGUAACUGUAUCUGUUUUGAAAUAAGUUGUUUUUCAAAUAAAGGUUUUUCGAGUGACAA